UGGUGCUGGUUUCAGGCUGCAGGGGCUGCACAAGCGUGCGUGGGAGGAGAAAGGGGAGAAGGUGGAUGAGACCCUGAGCAUUUGUGAGAGGGAGCAAAAGCAAAUCCAGCCUGAGAUUCAGAGUCGGAUCCAAGAGGACAAGGAGGUGGCUGCAGUACACUGGUGCAGACUCCAGAAGGUGGAGAGCAAGGAAGCCGAGGAAACCAUGUCCAUCGAGGAGCGGCGUGAGGCAAAAGCAAGGCUCUUGCAAUCUGAGCAGAUCGUCAGUGAUACAGGAGAGGAGGACUGUCACCUGGGAACCCCUCACAGAUCUGGACCAGAGUGUAGUGAGCAAAAGAACUCCAGCAGAUCUCUAGGCAAACAGGAGAAAAACACAAAGAGACAAGAAGCAAGUCUGGCAGUGGAGAAGGUGGUAAAGGAUCAGAGGGUGGAGCCCCUGGAGAUCCCAACCUCAGAACGAGAACAAUCGCAGAUGCAGGAGGCCACAGACAGCUUCUUGGCUACGCUCAAGAGGAUGGAGGCGAUGGUCAGCAGCGCUUUGGAGACAGCUGAGCUGGUGCGACAAGGUGAGCAGAGGGUGAGCCAGGUAAGGCAGAAGAUGGAAAGCAUCACACAGAGAGUCCAGGAGGCUGUGGGCCAAGCAGCCAGUACUGACAAGGAGCUGAAAACGCUGGAGGCCUGGGUCAAUGAAAAGAUUCCCACUCAGUCUUCAGGUCUGAGUGUGCCGUCUGUAACUGAGAUGGACAGCACCAAGCUGCCACCUCCUCCAUCUCCUGAAUAUCCAGAGGCCGCAGCGUCUUUGCAGCUGUCCGUGAACGGUGCCACAGACCGAGCCAGCUGCAGUGAGCUCUGGCAAGAAGAGAAACAUUUGCUGCAGGGCUCUCCUCGUCACAGAGGAGAUCUUAACUUCAAAAAAAGCUGUGGGUUCCGGCACACCAGCCCCUCACUCAUCAUGCCCACACUUCCCGAAGAAGAUGAGGAAUCUCCAGAGGAGAUGGAUAGCUCCUCCAGCUCUCCUAGAACAUCCACGCCCAGUGAAUGCCAAACCAUCGUGUUUGCAGCCCCCACAAUCAUCUACCCACAGCAGGUCACUGCUGAACAAGCUGAUUGGCAUUCUUUGGAACAGGCCAGACCACACAGUCCCAGAGCUCGCCUGGUUAAGAAGCCCUCUGGAGGACCCAUCACCACAGUCGACAGCACAGGUAAUGUGAUAGACCUACUGAGAGAUCAGCUGCCAGAGCCACAGCUGUCCGAAGAGGAUCGACAGAAGAACCUCGAGCUGCUGGAGCAGGCAAAAAAGGUCAGCGAUCGGUUUCUGUCUCGCCGAGGACGUAGAUCCACCAGCAGCCUCACAGAGUCCCCUACAGCUCUUUCUCCUUGUCCAACUCCUCCAUCUUCCUCACCAUCUUCCUCAAGGAGCAGCUCAGUAAUUGUGGCCCCUCAAACUGCAAGCUCAGAGAUGACCCAUGUCAGCUCCCAGUCUGCCUUUCAGCAUCGUGAUGUGCCGCUGGUGAGGGAGUCGUCUGAUUCAAAGAGCAAGGAUCUGGAGCUGUUGGUGGAGUGGAAGCCCUCAGAGAAAAGAAAGGUGUCUUCUGGGACUUUAACGCCUCGGUUCUCUGUACAAAACGAGAACUGCGACCUUGCUGUGCCCAAGUGUUCCUCUGCACUUAGUAAAGCAGAUGAAGUUUCAGGCCGAAACCUAAACCAAGCACCUGCCACUGGGGUGGCCAAGCCUGUCCCCAGGCCCCCUACUCAGCAAGCCCCCUGCACAGCAGAGAUUAAGACAAUUGGGGCCUUUCCACCACUGAUGAGAGCUGUUUCCUGGGAUGCUGUAGGCAGCAUGAAUUCCAGAAAUGGAUCCCCAAGUUUUCCUCCAACACUUGAAGACCCUCUCUCAGAAGAGCCCAGGGAAGCUGCGUUCAAGUCCUCAGGGUACAAGGAUUUUCCCACACAACCAGGAGGUGUGCGCAAACUGACAAAGCUCAGAGAGGAGCACAAGCUGAUGCGUAACCAAAGCAUUGUGGCGUCAAAGUUACCAGAACUUAGUGAAGCUACUGAACAGGAAAAAGGACCUUUAUCAUCUUCAAAGUCAGCCAGCAUUGAGGAAGGGAAGGAGAAUGCCAUGCCAAACAUUUCAGACAUGAUGCUGAGAAAACUCAAACUCCAUCGAGCUCUGCCAGGCUGUGCACCCCCACUCAGUGAAAAAGAAGUGGAGAAUGCAUUUGUCCAGCUGUCACUAGCAUUUCGUAAUGACAACUACACUCUGGAGACGAGGCUCAAGCAGGCAGAGAGGGAGAGGAACCUCACGGAGGAAGAGACAGAGAAGGAACUAGAAGAGUUCAAAGGAGCGCUGAAGAUGACCUCAACACAAUGGCAGAACAUGGAGCAGCGUGACGCCUAUCAGCGCCUAAUAGAAACAGUCUGUGUGCUACACCGACUGGCCAACCGGCUGUCCAGCAGAGCGGAGAUAGUUGGAGCAGUUCGACAGGAGAAACGAAUGAACAAGGCCACUGAGGUCAUGAUGCAAUAUGUGGAAAAUCUGAAGCGGAUAUAUGAGAAGGACCACGCAGAGCUGACAGAGUUUAAGAAGCUGGCCAACCAGAACUCAAAUCGUUGUUAUGCCGGAGCCGUGGAAACUGGAGAUGACGGGGUUCCGCGCACAACAAGAGCAUUGUCCCUGACCCUUGGAAAGGCUUUGCCCAGGCGUAGGGUGAGCGUAGCUGUCGUGCCCAAGUUCAGCCUCUUUAAUGUUCCGGGUCAAACCCCAGCCACUGCCCCAACGGCUGCUGCUCUUCCUGCCCUGUGUGAAACAAAUGAUGUGAAAGGCAGCACCUCUCCUGAAGGAAUGCAACCAGCAGCACUAGAGUGUGGAAAGACCUCCCCGGAGCAGGAAAGCGAGUUAGCCAAACCUUCAACAAACUUGGAGGAGAUUAGAGCAGAGAUCAGAGCCGAAAUCGCAGCAAAGAUUGAAGAAGAAGCCUACAAAAAAGGUUUCAAUGAGGGACUGAAACAAAGUAAGGUGAUCCUACAGGACAAAUGUGAGGAUGAGACCGAUGCGGAGAAGCAGCUGGAAUCCAAAAACAAUGAUGAAGAGAUUGGAAAGAGGCAUCAUAAUAUGAGGAGGAUGGAGGAGGCCGUCGCACUUCUUGGUCGACUUUGUCCCAAGGUCUCCAUCAGUCGGCGGCUCCUCUGGAUUGCCCUGACACUCUUUGUGGUGAUGUGUGUGGUCAUCAGCAUUUUCACCUUCUUCAGCGAUUACUACAAGCGGCGUGAGGACACGUAAGGUUGGGGAAACAUUCUCCACGAUCUGAUACAAAUCUGUGGACUGGGUGAAAGAAGAGCAACCAAAAAAGCUCACAGUUAAACUGACAGAGGUCACAGCCGUUCUCUCUGUCACGCGUCUCCCUUUCCUUGAACCGGGACUCGCUUGAAUGGACUGAGGUGUUGUGACUGACCCUGCAAAGUUCAAUGUCUUCUGAAUUAAGUCAUAAUUUUCCUAAGAAUCUAAGGUAGGCACUUCGUUUGUUAUAGUAAGUACGGUUGUUUUUGUUUAGGGACCAAAGCUUUAGUGUGUUAAAACAUUUGUAUUAACAUAGAUGCAUAGAUGAAAAAAAAUACGUUUGAACAUGGCACUUUUCCUUUACAGGCCGCCAUUAAAAAAUAUGUCUAUUUAUCUAAGAUUUCACUCUCUCAGGUCAAAUUAAAAAUCAAAGACUUGGAGAGAUUCUAAAUUAAUAUUUAAUUUUUUUAACUUGUUUAAUUUUAUAAAGGAUAUUGAAAUAUGAACACAUUCCAAAAUAGUUACCCAAGUGCAAUAUUUUGCAGCUUUUGUUUCUUGUUUUUGUUGUUGCAGAUUCAGAGCACGAAUGGGUUAUUUGUAUGGAAGCACUUUUGUGCAUGUGGCUGCUGUUUAUCAAGCUUGAGUGCCUGUGUUGUUCUUGAAUAUACCACUCUAACACCUUUUCCUUUUAAUAAAGGAGUGCCUUGGAACAUUUA